CUUUUGGUGGAGGAAUGCUUGUCACCUACUCCUUUUAAGUUCCCAAUCUCCCUAUACUUCUCAAAGUCUCUUAGAGAGAGAGAGAGAGAGAGUCUUCUGAGUCUAAAGCUUUGAUCUUGUUUUUGCUUGGUAAGGUUUGGCUCUGCUCUUUUGCAAUGGAGAGGCACAAAUGCAAGCUUUGCUCUAGGACGUUUGCUAAUGGCAGAGCUUUGGGUGGUCACAUGAAGGCUCACUUGGCAACUCUGCCUCUUCCUCCAAAGCCACAGCAGCUCGUUGCUGCUGAGCCUACUACUGAGUCAGCCUCAUCUUCACCUUCAUCUUCUUCUGGUGAAGAACAAGAAGAGCAACAAAGGCAGAGAGAAGCUGAGGAGAAGGCUUUAGUUUAUGGGUUGAGAGAGAAUCCGAAGAAAAGUUUCAGACUUGCAGAUCCUGAGUUCUCUUUUGCAGUUGAUGCUGGGUCUGUGGUACAGGACAGAGAGAGCGAGACCGAGUCAAAGAACCCAACUCGGAGACGAUCCAAGCGAAAUCGGAAACCGUUUAUAACAGAGGGUCAUCUGAGUCUGAGUCAGAGUCAGAGCUUUGAAUUGAAGAAGCCCAAGUUGACAAAUCCAAGUUUGGUUGAGUCUCCUACCGAGCCAGAACCGGUGAGUUCCGUGUCUGAUACUUCUCCUGAAGAAGAUGUUGCUAUGUGCCUCAUGAUGCUUUCAAGGGAUAUAUGGAUGAAAAAUGAUGAGGAAGAACAUCAACAACAAGGUAAAGAAGUACAAAGAUCGGUUAAGACUAAGGUCAAGGAACCAGAGGAAGUUGAGGAAAUCAAAAUCAAGAAGGUUCGAGGGAAGCAUCGGUGUGAGAAAUGUAGUAAAACUUUUCGAUCUUUUCAAGCUUUGGGUAGUCACAAAACCAUUUGUUAUAGAGAUGAACAAGGUAAUGAUGCUAAUGGUAGAAUCUUUGAGUGCCCAUAUUGUGACAAAGUGUUUGGGUCUGGUCAAGCACUUGGUGGCCACAAGAGAUCUCAUCUUUUGGGUUCUUCAACCACUACUGCUCAUGUUGCUGUAAGUACUACCUUGAAAGUUGAGACCAAUGUGAUAGAUCUCAACUUGCCUGCUCCAGUUGAAGAAGAUGAUUUUAGUGUGGUCUCUGACGCAUAAUUCUUUAAUGUGUUCAAAAGAUCCAGGCUUUAUUGCUGCUGUUUGUUCAAUUCAGUAAACUGGGUUUCAUGUAGGCUGUAGUUACAACAUUUCUUCACCAUUUUUAGUACAUCAAAUGCGUUUCAAGUUUA